AUCUCUCUUUCAUACUAAACUGGCAAAACCGUCAAACUUUUGCCGAACUUCACGUCCGAGGAAGGACGAUUAAAGUAUAUUUCUUCCCUUUCUUGAUUUGUGUGUUCGUUCUUCCAUUCGAACUAUCCAAUCGAAUCUCAUGGCCUGCAGAUUCUGCAAAAACCCUUCUCGAUCCAAUUUCGCUUAGUAAUUUCUUCCCAUUCUUGUUCCCCUUCAAUCCUUCACCUGAUUCCGGAAAGAUGGCGAAGCGCACAUUUGAUCUGCUCGGCCAUGUUCGUCCGGCUCAUGAGCUUGACCUCGAUGCCUUGCUCCGCUACUGCUCCGCCAACGUUCCUGCCUUCCCUCCCUCCCCAUCUAAUUUCACUGUCUCUCAGUUCGGACAUGGUCAGUCAAACCCGACUUAUCUCAUCGAAGUUAGUUCCGGAGGUUCUCCGAAGCGGUAUGUUUUGAGAAAGAAACCUCCGGGGAUGUUGCUCGAGUCUGCUCAUGCUGUUGAGAGGGAGUUUCAGGUUCUUCGAGCAUUAGGCGUUAACACACAGGUUCCAGUUCCUAAAGUUUUCUGCCUGUGUUCUGAUCAUAGCAUAAUUGGUACUCCAUUUUAUGUUAUGGAGUACUUGGAUGGACGCAUAUUUAUAGACCCCAAAUUGUCGGGAGUUGCUCCUGAAACGAGGAGGGCAAUAUAUUUAGAAGCUGCGAAAGCUUUAGCCUCUCUACAUUCAGUUGAUGUAAACUCCAUUGGUCUAGGAAAAUACGGGCGUCCAGAAAAUUACUGUAAGCGACAGAUUGAGAGGUGGGCAAAACAGUAUGUUUCAUCAACCAGCGAGGGUAAAGUAGAUGGAAAUCCAAAAAUGUUUGCACUGAUUGAUUGGUUACGGCUACAUAUUCCUACAGAAGAUUCAUCAGGUGUCACAGCUGGCUUAGUUCAUGGAGAUUUUCGAAUUGAUAAUCUUAUAUUCCAUCCCACUGAGGACCGAGUAAUUGGCAUUCUUGAUUGGGAGCUAUCCACUGUGGGAAACCAAAUGUGUGAUGUUGCUUAUAUGUGCCUGGCUUAUAUCCUGGACUUUCAGUCUGACCAUCCAAAUCUAGGGCAGGGUUUUGACUAUUGUGGAACUCCAGAGGGGGUUCCUUCUUUACCAGAGUAUUUGGCUCAUUACUGUUCUAUUGCUGGAAGACCAUGGCCCUUUUCUGCUUGGAAGUUUUAUGUUGCUUUAUCCAUUUUCCGAGCAGCUGCAAUCUUUGCAGGAAUUUAUAGUCGAUGGAUAAUGGGAAAUGCAUCAGGAGGUGAGAGUGCCCAGGUUUCUGGAGAAAAAGCUAAUGCAUUCAUUGAUUGUGCUUGGGCAUUUAUUGAACAAAAAUCUGUGCUUCCCGAGAAUCCUCCAUUUGAUUCAAUUGUACGAGUUGAUCCACAACAUGCUAGGAAGGAGAAUGAAGAAUGGUGCGUUCUUAAAAAUGGAGGAAACUUUGUCCCCAGUGAAAAGGUCAUGGAGUUGAGAAAAAGGUUGUCUAAGUUCAUGAAAGAUCAUAUAUAUCCUAUGGAAAAUGAAUUUUAUAAACUUGCUCUGUCUUCCUCACGUUGGACCAUUCACCCAGAGGAAGAAAAACUAAAGGAGAUGGCUAAGAAAGAAGGCUUGUGGAACUUGUGGAUACCUUUUGAUAGUGCUGGUAGAGCAAGGAAACUGCUUUUCGAUGGAAGUAGCCACAUCCCUUCUGCAGGUGCAGACAACCUUCUUCUUGGUGCUGGCCUCUCUAAUCUUGAAUAUGGGUAUCUCUGUGAGAUAAUGGGUCGAUCUAUUUGGGCACCUCAGGUGUUCAAUUGUGGCGCACCCGACACUGGAAAUAUGGAGGUAUUGUUGCGGUAUGGCAAUAAACAGCAACUGCAUGAAUGGCUUAUUCCUUUACUUGAAGGAAAGAUACGCUCAGGAUUUGCCAUGACUGAACCACAAGUUGCAUCCUCUGAUGCAACAAACAUCGAAUGUUCAAUUAAAAGGGAAGGUGAUACCUUUGUCAUCAAUGGAAAAAAAUGGUGGACAAGUGGAGCCUUGGAUCCGAGGUGCAGAAUCCUUAUAGUUAUGGGAAAAACAGAUAUCAAUGCUGCUAUGCAUAAGCAACAGUCCAUGAUCUUGGUUGACAUCCAGACUCCAGGUGUAAUAAUUAAAAGACCGCUAACAGUGUUUGGCUUUGAUGACGCACCUCACGGUCAUGCUGAGAUAAUAUUUGACAACGUGCGUGUUCCUGCAACAAAUAUUAUACUUGGAGAGGGUCGUGGAUUCGAAAUUGCCCAGGGUAGGCUGGGCCCAGGGAGGCUGCACCAUUGCAUGAGGUUGAUAGGAGCUGCAGAGCGAGGUAUGCAGAUGGCAGUUGAGAGGGCUCUUAGUAGAAGAGUGUUUGGAAAGCUGAUUGCUGAGCAGGGUUCCUUCCUUUCAGACAUUGCCAAGUGUCGAGUGGAACUGGAGAAAACAAGAUUGCUGGUUUUGGAAGCAGCCGACCAGUUGGAUCGGCUAGGAAACAAGAAAGCGCGUGGGACAAUUGCAAUGGCCAAGGUUGCAGCCCCAAAUAUGGCAUUGCAGGUUCUGGACAUGGCAAUGCAAGUCCACGGUGCAGGUGGCUUGUCUUCUGACACUGUUCUUUCUCAUCUGUGGGCUACCGCAAGAACUUUAAGAAUAGCAGAUGGCCCUGAUGAAGUUCAUUUAGGAACCAUCGCCAAGUUGGAACUUCGAAGAGCCAAACUCUGAAAGUUAAAGGAAGAUUCUCAGGUACCAUACGACUGAAAAAAGUCAUGUUAAAAAGGACAAGGAAUAAGACAAAGUAAGAAAACAGAAGGAAAGAAUAAGUGGAUUAUAUUUCAGCUUUAUGUUGAAGGAAUGUAUUAUUAUGGUUGUAUCUGUUGGGAUGGUGGCGUCUUGUUACGCCCAUGAAAAAAAUUCAAUAAGAGCAUAGUAAUGUUUUGUAUUUUUUUUUCUUUGGACGAGCAAUAGCAUAACACAAUGGUUUAGUUGUAAAAGACCUUUGUUCCUUUUCAAGUUGAAUAUUUCUUAUCGUA